AUUAUGCAGUGAUAUCAGAAAAUAAAGUCUGCACAGAUAAAAUCAUAUGGCAAGUAUAGGUUGUUAAAUUUACUAUCAGCUGAUUAUCUUGGCGGUAAAAAGAUAAUUUUGCAACUAAAACAAAUUCAAAUGGAGCCAGCAGUAAUUAAAAAACUAGACGAAACGGUGGUAAACAAGAUUGCAGCGGGAGAAAUCAUACAAAAGCCAGCAAACGCACUCAAAGAGCUAAUUGAAAAUAGCUUGGACGCAAAAGCAUCACACAUACAAGUGACUGUGAAAUCUGGAGGUUUAAAGCUACUGCAGAUACAAGAUAAUGGCACCGGCAUACGUCGUGAGGAUCUGGCGAUUGUUUGUGAACGAUUUACAACAUCAAAACUUACAAAAUUUGAAGAUCUAAGCAACAUAGGAACUUUUGGAUUUCGUGGUGAAGCUCUGGCUAGUAUUAGCCAUGUAGCACAUUUAUGUAUACAAACCAAAACGGCAAAUGAAACUUGCGGAUUCAAAGCUUGUUAUGAGGAUGGAUUAUUAAAAGGUCCACCGAAACCUUGUGCUGGAAAUCAAGGUACAAUUAUAACCGUUGAGGAUCUUUUUUAUAAUAUGCCACAGCGCCUCCAGUGUUUAAAAUCACCAGCUGAGGAAAUGCAAAAAAUAUGUGAUGUUGUCUCUAAAUAUGCUGUGCACAAUUCAGGCACUGCCUUUACACUAAAAAAGUAUGGCGAGCCACCAACCUUGCGUACAGCUGACCGGAGUACUCGUGAAGACAAUAUCACUAAUAUAUAUGGUUUGCAAAUUGGCCGAGCUUUAUUGCCAGUUGAGUUAGAGGACGAUGUUCACAAAUUUAAAAUGAUGGCACUGGUAACAAAAGUGGAUUACUCAGCCAAACGUGGCAUAAUGUUGCUUUUCAUCAAUCACCGGCUUGUGGAUUCGACUGCUUUGAAAGCAGCUAUUGAUAGUAUCUACAGCACAUAUCUACCAAAAGGUAUGCAUCCAUUUACGUAUAUUAGUUUGGAAAUAACACCAACACACUUGGAUGUAAAUGUUCAUCCGACGAAACACGAAGUACAUUUUCUGUACGAAGACGAGAUUAUUGAUAAAAUCAAGAGGCGUAUAGAACUGAAGCUUCUCGGGAGUAAUACAUCACGUACUUUUUACAAACAAUUGCGUUUACCUGGUAUAAAUAAUCCGGAUGUGGAUGAUAAAAGUGGUACGAAUUUGAAAAAUAAUGACAAAGAGCGUUUGGAUAAAGAUCGUGUACGAACUGAUUCUAAGGAGCAAAAAUUGGAAAAGUUUCUUCUGCAGAAAUGUUUACCCAAAACAGUGACUAAUUUAAAUUCUAAAAACAACGAUAAUGAUGGAGACGAAACUCUUUCAAGAAGUUCAAAACGGAAAUCCGGUUUACUCACGAGCAUAAAAGAAAUGCAAGAUAAUAUAGACCGUCGUCUUAAUAUAAGGUUGCGCCGAACAUUGAAAGAACUCGUUUUUGUGGGAAUAGUAGACGAAACAUACGCUUUAUUUCAGCAAGAUACUAAAUUAUAUUUGUGCAAUACAUGUAAGUUUUCUGAAGAACUUUUCUAUCAGCGACUUUUGUUCGAAUUUCAAAACCUUCCGCAUAUCAAAUUGGAGCCUUCACUAAAUAUCAAAGAGCUGGUUCGAAUUGCUUUAGAUUGCGAGGAAGCUGGUUGGUCGCCAAAUGACGGUGAUAAGAUCGAUCUUGCUGAACGUGCAGCUAAUAUCCUUCUUGCAAAGGCACCAAUAAUGCGCGAUUACUUUUCUUUAAGAAUUAAUGAAGAUGCUCAAUUAGAAACACUCCCCGCAAUUAUACCACAGUUCCAUCCCAGCAGUGUACACUUACCGAUGUAUAUAUUACGAUUAGCCACAGAAGUGGAUUGGGAUACUGAAGUUGAAUGUUUUGAAACAUUUUGUAGAGAAACGGCAAGAUUUUAUUCACAAACAUCCUCAUUGGAUAUUGAAUCAAUGCCACAACGACAUAAAUUUUCGGUAGAGCACAUCUUAUACCCAUCAUUUAAACGCUAUCUGCUUCCACCUAAUUCUCUUAAGCAACAAUUAUUCGAACUGACAAAUUUAUCUCGAUUGUACAAAGUAUUUGAAAGAUGCUAACCAUCAAUACAAAUAAUUUGCAUAAAAAUAAAAUAGCAGGUAUAUAUUUGAAAGAUUAAUUAUUGUAAAGCCUGUAAUAAGUGGCUUAUACGCAAGAAAGAAUAAAGAUAUUUUAUAACA